AUGUGGAGGCCGAUGAGGCUUCGCUCUGGCAAUUGGGUCCAUAAGAACCUGAACACAUACUGGGUCGAGCGUGAGCUUGUCAGCCUCCAGGACCUCAAGGAUGAUGCCAUUGCAGUGCUGGAAGCAAACUCCCGGCAAGAGAAGGAGCUUGGUCACAGCCUCCCUCCUUUGGAGAAGAUGAAGCUCCUGUUGCGCACAGUCGAUCCUGAACACAUUUCGGUGACCGUCAGAAGCAUCUGGGCUGGCUGUAUGGGAAUGGUGAUGGCGCUCAAGUAUAAAUUUGCUAGGACGGUGGCCCUCGCACAUUCCAUUGGAGAUCAUUUUCGGCCUUUGGCAGCAAAAGCACUAGCGCCCAGUGCGCUGGCUAUCACACCUCCAGAGUACAGACAGUGGAUUGAACCAACCAUCAACCUGACCUGCAAGGUGGUGGCAACAGGUCUCGCAUGGAAGUUGCAAAGAGUCAUUUCAGCAGUGCAGAGUGGAGUGGCUGGAGGAAUGCUGGCAAGCAGGAGCGGCUGGACCUACGUUCUACCAUUCCUGCAAAGCCGCAAUUGGAUGACCAAUCUGGUGCUGGAGGAUUCCCUGGCUGAUGAAUUUGUUGGAUGGGGCCUUGCAGCAGCAGGCAUUUACUUCCAGAUCUAUCAAGGGGGAACUCCACCUUCGAUCUUGCUUCCGGUGACAUUGCCCAUGGGCCUUGCCGAGUCUUGGUUGCGAUGGUCAGUGACCUGGCUGGGAAGUGAAUGA